AAGUAGUGCUUAUAGAAUCUUAAUUAAUUUAAAUAACUAAUUUUAUUUAUUUAGAAUUAAAAUAAUUUUCGUGUGAAGUUUAUUUAUGAGUUAGUGUUUUUUGUGUGUAAAGUGCAAAAAAUAUGUGAAUAUAAUAAAAAUGUCGUGUACAACGAAAAUACUCCUUUUGUGUCUACUGGGACCUGUGUUAGUACAAUCUGAUCAAGAUGCCACUUCUAGAUUUAUGGGAUCUGCCAGAAGCGCAAAGUUAAUGCCGGCAUAUCAAGCGGAAUCAAAUUUACAAAAUAUUGACAAAGAGGUGUACAUUGGAGAUGAAUGUCCACCAGGUGCUACUGGACAAUUCGUGUAUGCAUAUGAUUGCAGACAAUUUUUGAACUGUUGGAAUGGUAGAGGUUACAUCCAACCGUGUGCACUGGGUACAUUGUUUAAUCCUGAGACCUUAGAAUGUGACCAUGCACAUAAGGUUGAUUGUUUGCACGGUGCCUUUUCAACCUCAGCUAACUUUGUGCAGCUACAAAGUACUUCACAUCAUCAAGCCCAAGCUCGAGUUGCUCCUUCUUCAUCUUCAAAAUCUACAAGUGAACCAAAAUGUCCAUCAGGCGCAUCUGGAAUAUUUCCGCAUCCUACAGAUUGCACUAAGUUUCUAAACUGCGCUAAUGGAAUCACCUACAUUCAAGAAUGCGGCCCUGGAACCGCUUUUAAUCCCUUAGUCAGCGUUUGUGAUUACCCACAAAAUGUGGGAUGCGAUAUAUCAAAACCUUCGCCUAAAUUUUCUGACACCGAACAAGCCGGUUCAAAUGGUGUUGUAAGACAUCACGUUUCGGAUAGAAGACCUGGAAGGCCUGGUAAAAACUUACAAUUUGGUCCAUCUAAUCCGCAAUUUAUAUCAUCUAAUAAAAUAGAAAAUAGUUACCAGGGUUCGACCAUCCAUAAUGCGCACGGAUAUCAGCAAGGUACACAUGGUGUACCUGCUUCGCAUUUAGUUCCUCCUCAAAAUGCACAACGAAGGCAAGAUGAAACCAACCCCCAAUAUCCAGAGUUUCAACAUUCAUCAGGUGGUUAUGAACCAAAUCCACUGGUUAGUGGAUCACAGUAUGGAAAUCAAAGGCCAUCCAAUAUUCACCAACACCAUACUCAUCACCAUGGGCAUCAUGGAUGGCAUGGCAUGCACAGACAAAACGAGUUCCAUCACAAUCACCAUCAGCAACCGAAUGUACCAAGCCAGCAAUUAGUUCCUCCGAUGCCCAAUCAAGGGGCUCACCAUGGUGUUCAUCACCACCAUCACCAUCAUAGACCAAAUACAAAUAUGCCAAGUUAUGGGCCAGAUACUAGCCCAAGCCAUCACACACCUACUUAUCACAGGCCUCAAUCGCCUUAUCCUGAACCUUCGCCAGAGAUGCAAGUUCCAGGGCAUGAUGAUAGUUUUUACGAUUCUCAAGGACAACAUUCUGAAAUCAACAAUCAAUGGAAUAUAGGACAUGGUGCACAUGGUUCAUAUCAACCUCAUCAGCACAACACACAUCCUAUAUAUGAGAGACCUAAUAUAGGCAGAGAUGAUUUCAACAGAGGCUAUCAUCCAACGCACUCUGAAACUCAUACACAUCAUGUGCAUCAAGAAGGUGAUCGAAGGUAUCAGCCUGCUGGUACUAAUACUUACUUACCACCUGAUUCCAGGCCUGAUGAUACACGACAUCGUGAACCAAGUCCUGGUCGAGUUUAUGAACCCAGUCCAAGAUUUCCACCAGAACAGUACAGACCUGAUUACAAUACAAAUAUACAUACGAGUGGUACAGACCAAGAUCAUAUAAAUCAACCACCUGCUGGUUCUCACACAUAUGUAAGACCUCAUGGAAAUAGAGAAACAAUACAUCCCAGCAUUCAACGUCAAGAUCCUCCACAGAGCACAACUGUAAAAUACUAUACUGAUCCAAUUACGACCACAACUCCGGCAACACAUUAUAUGCAUACAGUUCCAUCCAGAGUCAACGUGCAAGGUUACAGACAAAAUAAUACGAGAAUGCCUGUUGAGCCUUAUGAUCCUCACAAGCAAAUUAAUCCAGAAAUGAAAACAGCAAGCAGACCUCCUCAGGUGAACCAGAACUACAAUCCUUGGCAUCCGGGAACAGAUAUUAAACGACCAGUAUAUCAUCAUAAAGAACCAGUUUACUGUGACGAUAAUGUGACACCUCACCAUACCACAACUCCACCACCACCAGUCGCCCCAAUUCCAAUAGGCCAAGCCACACCAUCAGUUUUUAACCUGAAUUUAACAGGACCAUCAACACCACCAAGUACAAGACGACCUCAGUAUAACGCCCCAACACCUUCGUCCCAAACACAACCAUCUGUUCCACGUGGUUACGUAACAUCAGCCCAACCAGUUGCUUCGCCUCUGGUGGUUGUUGUCACACCACCAAGUGUGUAUUACACAACACCUCUGCCCAAUGUGGUUGCAAAAUCUUCCAACGUUAUGAAAAUUCCGCCAAGAAACGCCCAGAGUAACCCUUUGCGACCAGAGGUUGCAGAAACUUUGGGUAAAAUCAUAGAAAUGAUGUACUUUGGUAAGAAGUUCGAGAUGAAUGAAACAGAUACACCUAAGACUUUUGAUCUUAAUGAAGAAGUGGAACAGUUGGAACUGACGAAUAAUAAUAGGGAUUUUAAGAGGAAGCAUAAGAAAUUUCCGGAGGCUCCUUUGGAAGUGUGA